UUGAACUCCUGACCUCGUGAUCCACCUGCCUCAGCCUCCAGAAGUAUUGGGAUUACAGGUGUGAGCCACCAUGCCGUCGCCUGUGCUUAUUUCUUUAUGAUGACAUCACUUAUGGGGCCCUUAUCACUGAUGAGGCGUCUGCCUUGGUCUUCAUGAGCCAACCCACCUGUAGUGUACCUGCCAUUGUCCCUGAGGAGGAAACGGAGGCAAGCUGUGGCCCCGUGGAGGGGACUGAGCCACACUCGACUAUGCUGUGGCCCCGAGUAGGAUGGCUGGCUGAAGGUGAGGGAGGGGUAAACGGUGCCUUGCAGUGGCUGAGGCAGCCUCCAGCACCACUAGCCUCAGACAGCCCCACCUGCAAGGAGGCAGCCUCAGGCAGAAGGUGCCCUGGGCAGUGUUAACCCCAGUGCGGCAUCAGCACCUGUGGGUCAUGUGGGAACGGGCUUCUCUGGCCCUUCCAGUUCUUCGGGUCAGACCCUGGGAACAGGGCCAGGGCUGGCGGCCCCUCCCUGCCGUGGGCUGCUGUGGCCGAGUGCAGCCUCGUGGAGGGGCAUGCUGGGGGCCACGUGGCUGCAGCAAGGUGACACGAUUCCAGGGUGGGGCCUGGUCCUUCCAUUCACAGCUUCGUCUCUGGGCUCAUGCAUCCCUUGCCUGGCCAGCACAGAACUGGCUUCCACAGACCUGUAGCCUUGCCUCUGGGGCACCCAGGUUGCAUGCCCAUGCCAGGCUGACCAGCCUGAGUCCACUCUGCUGUUGAGAUCAUGCAGCUGGUGACAUGGCCCCCAGGAGCCCAGACUCUGCGCCCCGUUCAGGACAGCCUCUGCUUCCCCGACCUGGGCUCUGGGCUGUCUUCUGCCCACUUCCCAGGUAAGGAUUUAACCGCCUCCAGGAGCAGGAGGAGAGGAAGCUCCUGUGGACACAGACAGAUGGGCCCACCCUAUCUCUGAGGCAGCUCCGGGAGUGGCCUACUUUUCAGGAGUGUGACCUGCACGCGGAGUCAGCACCCUGCCUCAGUGUUAGGCGCUCUAAGACAGAUGUGUGGCAGCAGGAAGCUGACACCCGUGGCUGACGUGUCCACCCCGGGGAGAGGGCGUAGGGCUGCCAGGACCUCUCUGUGCACACUGACUCUGCUGAGAGUGGGAAUGACCCCACCCCACCCCCCGUUUCUGUGGGCGGGGAGGUGGCUGCGUCCCUUGCACUCUGCUGAGCCCUGGGUGGCUGCAGGUCCCUGCAGAAGCCUCCAUGCGUGGGGGUGGGGCAGGGCAGUUAUUUUCAGAUGGUGCCAGAGGAUAGAGUUUCAGAUUUGUUUAUGCCUGUAGGAAGCACUUUGGAGCUAGGGGUGGGGUGCCCAGCUCAGCACUGACAUUCAGGACACCUGGCCAAGAGGCGCCUCAGAUUUCCCUGUCCUGCUGUGGGGGGUUCACUCUGCAGCCCCAGACAAGGAGGGGACGGUAGCCUUUUCCAGGAAAUCCGGGGGGGUGCAGCCACACAGUGGUCCUCCGGGUGGUCCUCUGCAGGCCGGGUGUGCCAGCCCACACACAGGAGGGGGCAGUUCACACGGAGGGCUGGCCUGAGGAUUGUCCGGGCCACACCAAGCAAAGCCAGCGCUAUUAAUAUCUGGCACGCACUAGCCCUCAGCUGUGUGAUCCUCUUAGACCCGUGGCCUUGGCCUCUCAGGACGGCAGUGAGCACAGUUCUGUCAGUACGGUGCGGGCUCCAGGGCCUCCUAGCUGCUGUGCCUCUGCUGACGUUUGGCAGCUUCUGCCAGCGAAGGGUCUUAGCCCUCUGGCUCUCCAACCACUGUGCUGCCCAUAGGACUAGUCCUGCCCAUGGAAGGGCAGUUUGGGUGGCCAGAGCUCCUGAGUUGCCCUAGGGGACCACUAUGGGUCUGAGGUGCUGAUGUCCCCCGUGACUGCCUGCACCUGAGCCCCACGUACCCCCGGGGCCGCUCGCAGUCCAGGAGUACCCACCCGUGUUCUCCGUCAUGAACAGCCCCCCAGCUUACCCUGGCAUCAGGAUUUCAGGGUGCCGGGCCCUUGGAGCAGAAGGCAGCAGCAAUGCAGAGUCCUUGGACAGGCUCCUGCCACCUGUGGGCGCUGGGCGCUCUCCCCGGAAGCGCACCACCAGCCAGUGCAAGUCGGAGCCUCCCCUGCUGCGCACCAGCAAACGCACCAUCUACACGGCGGGGCGGCCACCCUGGUACAAUGAGCACGGCACGCAAUCCAAAGAGGCCUUCGCUAUCGGCCUGGGAGGCGGCAGUGCCUCUGGGAAGACCACUGUGGCCAGAAUGAUCAUCGAGGCCCUGGACGUGCCCUGGGUGGUCUUGCUGUCUAUGGACUCCUUCUACAAGGUGCUGACUGAGCAGCAGCAGGAACAGGCCGCACACAACAACUUCAACUUUGACCACCCGGACGCCUUUGACUUCGACCUCAUCAUUUCCACCCUCAAGAAGCUGAAGCAGGGGAAGAGCGUCAAGGUGCCCAUCUAUGACUUCACCACACACAGCCGGAAGAAGGACUGGAAAACGCUGUAUGGUGCAAACGUCAUCAUCUUUGAGGGCAUCAUGGCCUUUGCUGACAAGACGCUGCUGGAGCUCCUGGACAUGAAGAUCUUUGUGGACACGGACUCUGACAUCCGCCUGGUGCGGCGGCUGCGCCGAGACAUCAGUGAGCGCGGCCGGGACAUCGAGGGUGUCAUCAAGCAGUACAACAAGUUUGUCAAGCCGGCCUUCGACCAGUACAUCCAGCCCACCAUGCGCCUGGCAGACAUUGUGGUGCCCAGAGGGAGUGGCAACACGGUGGCUAUCGAUCUGAUCGUGCAGCAUGUGCACAGCCAGCUGGAGGAGCAGAGGAAGCUACGUUGGGAUAUGGCUGCACUGGCCUCAGCACACCAGUGCCACCCCCUGCCCCGGACGCUGAGCGUCCUGAAGAGCACGCCGCAGGUCCGGGGCAUGCACACCAUCAUCAGGGACAAGGAGACCAGUCGCGACGAGUUCAUCUUCUACUCCAAAAGGCUGAUGCGGCUGCUCAUCGAGCACGCGCUCUCCUUCCUGCCCUUUCAGGACUGCGUCGUGCAGACCCCACAGGGGCAGGACUACGCGGGCAAGUGCUACGCGGGGAAGCAGAUCACCGGCGUGUCCAUUCUGCGCGCUGGUGAGACCAUGGAGCCCGCGUUGCGCGCCGUGUGCAAAGACGUGCGCAUCGGCACCAUCCUCAUCCAGACCAACCAGCUCACCGGGGAGCCUGAGCUCCACUACCUAAGGCUGCCCAAGGACAUCAGCGAUGACCACGUGAUCCUCAUGGACUGCACCGUGUCCACUGGUGCCGCGGCCAUGAUGGCAGUGCGCGUGCUCCUGGACCACGACGUGCCUGAGGACAAGAUCUUUCUGCUGUCACUGCUUAUGGCAGAGAUGGGCGUGCACUCAGUGGCCUAUGCAUUUCCACGAGUGAGAAUCAUCACCACGGCGGUGGACAAGCGAGUUAAUGACCUUUUCCGCAUCAUCCCAGGCAUUGGGAACUUUGGCGACCGCUACUUUGGGACAGACGCGGUACCCGACGGCAGUGACGAGGAGGAACCCUACACGGGUUAGCCGCUCAGUGAGCCGCCCCGUCGCCACUACCCUCCUCCUGCCUCCAGACCCAGGAUUGCUGAAUACAAAGAUGUUAAUUUAAUUUUUAAAAUGUUACCAGUAUAAUUUAUAUGCAUUUUAUAAAAUAAAGCUUUAGAAAAAUGAA